CGUGGAGAUGAAAGACGAUGCGUUUGGGGCAGGGAGACACCGAGACGCGCGCGCACGCACACUUAGGCGCGUAAACACGCGGACGUGAACGCGCACUGGCUAUGAUCCGCUCCUAGACGAUGGCACCGUCGGGCUCGCGGAAUGUCAAAUGGGGCUGCAGGAGAGUUUUCUACUGGAUCCCCGUCCUGUUCAUCGCCCUCAUAGUGGCUUGGUCCUACUACGCCUAUGUUGUGCAGCUUUGUUUGGUGUCAAUCGAAAACACGUGGGAAAAGGUCUUAUACUUAUUGUUGUACCAUGUCAUCUUCAUCAUGUUUAUUUGGGCUUACUGGCAGACUAUCUUCACCAAUCCCAUGAACCCCCUGAAGGAGUUUCACCUGUCCUACUCGGAAAAAGAGUUGCUGGAGCGUGAAGACAGGGGUGAGUCUCAGCAGGAGAUCCUGAGGAGAAUAGCCAAAAAGCUGCCCGUCUACACUCGCACCAACUCUGGAGCAAUCCGUUUUUGUGACCGCUGCCAGCUGCUGAAGCCUGAUCGAUGUCACCAUUGUUCAGUUUGCGAUAAAUGCAUCCUGAAGAUGGAUCACCACUGUCCCUGGGUAAACAACUGCGUGGGAUUUUCCAACUAUAAGCCGUUUAUGCUGUUCUUGUCAUAUUCCCUACUCUACUGCCUUUUUAUAACGGCUACAGACCUUAAGUACUUCAUUAAGUUUUGGAUGGCCGGAGGUCGAGCCCAUUUCCGUCUGAAAGAAUAUCUGAACGGCUUCCCAGACACGCAGGCCAAGUUCCACAUCCUGUUCCUCUUCUGCUCAGCCUCCAUGUUCUCAGUCAGCCUCGCUUCGCUUUUCAUCUAUCACUGCUGGCUCGUCUGCAAGAACAGGUCCACACUCGAGGCUGUUCGUGCGCCUGUUUUUCGUCACGGCAGAGACAAGAACGGAUUCAGUCUGGGCUCCAGUAAGAACUUCCGCCAAGUGUUUGGCGAUGAAGCCAAAUAUUGGCCCUUUCCUGUUUUCUCCAGUUUAGGGGAUGGUUGCGCGUUCCCAACAUGCUUGGUGAAUACUGACCCCGAGCAGCCAUCUUCACCCACUGGCCAUAGCCCUGCGAACAGGAGUGCAGCAGAAGGUCGCCACUUCCCAUCCAAGCCAAUGAGUGACAGUCAAAGUCGACUUCUCUGCAGCACCUCCUCCUGGACUGAAAAUGACGUUGCAGCUGAUGUCGACCAGAGGGGCACAAAUAACCCAGUGAUGACCUUAGAAAAUGAGGCAUAGCCAAGGAAAAGCUUGGAUGCUGUUGGAAGUGUCGGUGCUGCACCCACGAACGUGUAAUGUGACACGAUGCCAUCACUAGUUAUUCCCUGAAAUCAAAAUAUAUAGAAAUGUUGGGGAUUUCAUAACAGACCUGAUGGAAGAGUUGUGUGCCCAUUUAUCUGUAAUAUUGUCCACUUGUACAGCAAUGUCUCAUUGGUUUAUGAAACCUCUGCAAAAGGAGGCACACAUGGUUUCUCUAGCUGCUUCCUAGCAGUUUCUUAUAGUCAUUAUGUAUUUGAAGAAUGUUUGACAAAGCCUAACUGUUAAUCAAUAUACUGUAUUUUUCUAUGCGUCUGAGUCCACGUAAACAAUAAUAAAAGAAAGUAGGAUAUAACAGUGAA